UCUGGAUAGGCUCACUGUAUGAGCAGCAGCUCAGGGGAAGGAAGAAGCAGCAGGGUCCUUGCUUGGGGAGUACAUGUGAGAGAUCUUGUAGCCUUUACAAACCAGCAGAAUGAAGGAGGUAAUUUUACUGCUUGUAUUACACUUACAGAGUGGCAGUGGUGGAGCUAAUACUCCACACAAGCUCUGGACCACAGCUCUGGGUGGCAAAACCCAGACAAGUCCCUCAGACUUGGCUCCGUCUCCUACUGCAGUGCAUGGCUCUGUAAACCCACUGACAAUCGUAGAGUCUCCCCAUUUUGAGAUCCAAGCUGGCAAAGAGAGUAUAUUACAGGGACCCACUUUGGCAUCUUCAGGCAAGACUCUGGGACAGAAAGCAGUGAAGAAAACCUCCAGUCCUACAACCUCUACUCCUACAAGCCAGUCAAAUGGACACAGUGACAAUGACAAGGAUAAGAUCAGAAGCUCAUCUAGCAGCAAUGGAACAUCUCUACAGGGCAAUCCUAGAAAGGCCCCUCUUUUGCAAGAGGUCACUAAAAGCCAGGAUUCAGCUACAGGGAACAGAUCUCUCAAGCAGUCAGCCCACAACACUGAUAUCACCAGCACCCCGCAGGAUGUCAGCUUCAAAGCAUCUGGCUUUGCAACUACCAGAGGAAAGAACUGGUGUGCUUAUGUCCAUACCAGACUCUUACCUACAGUGGUAGUGGACAACCUGGAAACCUUCUCAUCAGGCAGAGUGAAGCCUUGCACUUGGCUUACUGGAUCUUGUGCUCAGAGGUCUCAGACAGCAAUGCUUCAAGCCUACAGAAUCAAACAUAAAAUAGUGACAUCACUAGAGUGGAAGUGUUGUCCUGGGUACAGCGGACAAAACUGUCAGCCCAAAACUCAACAAGAAUUACUUAUACAUAGCAACCAGGCUGAAAGCAGCAGAACUGUCAGUGAGAGAACACCAGGAGCUCCACAGGACCCCAGUGAGCCAGCACUUACUCAAAAAAUGAAUGAGAAGAUUAGCAGCCAGGAGAUGAAACUGACUUUUCUACAGAAGAAGGUUGACAACAUUGCUGCUGCCAUGAGUGAUGUGAGCAAGAUGCUUUCCUCUCUGGAAGGCAAAAUCAAUGAAGAUAAGGGCAGAGACUUCCAGUCUUUUCUGAAAGGUCUCAAAUCCAGAACUAUUAAUGAAUUCAUUAAAGACAUUGUCAAAGAACAGUUAAAAGUAUUUCGAAAUGAAAUGCAAGAGAGCAUGGCGCAAAUUUUUAAGUCUGUGUCUAGUUUAUCAAUAGAUCUUGAAAGUACAAAAGAAUUAAUCAAGCAUUUGAAUGAAACCCAAGAAAAACUUGCUCAAGAGAAAGACAGUGGGCCAACAAGGCUUGAUAUUCUGGAGCUAAAGAGCCAUAUGGUGCAGAUAAGAGAGGAAAUGACCCUCACUUGUGACAAGCCUAUGAAAGCUCUACAGGUAAAGCAGAAAUCCUUAGAAGAUAACUUGGAGCAUCAGCGGUCAAGAAGCAUCAUUUACUAUGAAUCUCUAAAUAAGACCCUUACUGAAAUGAAAGAUGUGCACGAACAACUGCUGUCAGCUGAACAGUCUUCAGGCCAAAACAUCCCUUCAGCAGAUAAAGUCGCAGAGUACAAUGUUACAGAGUACAUGUUCACGCUGCAUGAGAAAGUAAAGAAACAGGGCCUGAUGGUGCUGCAGAUCUAUGAUGACUUAAGAGUCCAGGAUAGCAAGAUCAGCAAUCUCAGUAUCGCACUGGAAAUUCAGAAAGACUCUAUUCUGGGAGUCUGUGAUGACAUGUUGUCAGUGUGCAGAAAGGGUUUCCAAACACAGCUGGCAGCAACCCAAGAGAACGUUCUUGUCCUAAACAGAAGUCUCUCUGACCUGAUCCUUCCAUUGGACAAUAAGAUGGAUAAAAUGAAUGAGCAGAUUAAUGAUUUGUGCUAUGAUAUGGAGAUUCUGCAACCCUUGAUUGAACAAGGGGCACCGUUUAGUCUGACUCCAGAAUAUGAACAACAAAUUGAAGCUGAAGCAAUCAACAAGAAGCUCGAAAACCUGACGACUGUCAUUAACAAAAUGAGUUCUGCAAUGAAGGAACUUUCCAAAACUCAGGAAGGACUUCAAAAUGAAUCUCAGGCUUACCAGGAACUCUUUGAGAGUCGUAUUAAUGAGUGCUUCAUGGAACUAGAAGAUGGAUUAAACAAGACCAUGAUAGUUAUAAACAGUGCUGUUGACUCUAUUCAAGAUAACUAUGUACUGAAAGGUACACUAAGUGCUCUGAAAAAUGAGACUGAGGUCUGCUGUGGCAGAGCUGAGAAGCUGGACAGCCUUCUGGCUUUCAUUCCCCAGUUCCAACAGUUGAAUGAAUCCCUCUGGAUACUGCUCACUGACAAGAAAAAGCAUGAAUUCAUUUCACAAGUAGCUCAGUCCCUUUCCAGUUUUCCGUAUGAGGGGGCUGAUAAAAGUAUCCUCCACAAUUUCAGAAAAGUUUACUAUAUUUUAAAUGAAACUUCAUCAAAAGUAGACAAUCAGCAACAAUAUAUCAGCCGCCUGGAAGAAAAACUAUUUGACUCCGUGGAGGAAUCAAAGGACCACGAAGUUCGCCUCCAGAGUGUGGAGUCAAAAAUUUCUAAGUUUUUGGCAAAUAACUGUAUCUCACUGAAAAAAAACAAAGCUGCUUCAACAGAGAAAGAGCAAAUGGUCUCACUUCAGCUCCAGACACUCAGUUCUAGGGUUAAGGCCCUGGAAGCCAAGUCGAUCCGCUUCUCAAACAGCAUGCCACUUCUGAACAAGACUGCUCACGAGGCCUGGGGCCUGUGUCAGGAUACCGCCAGCAGCAUCCAAAAAGUUAAUGCAAGUUUACCUGUGCUAAUUAAACUUGCUCAGCCAGAUAUCCCCCUGCUGCAGAGAGGCUUCAAAGAGCUCAUUGAAUCUGUGCUUGAAAUAAAAGCAGAGACUAUCCUGAAGAACUUAACCCUGCAUGUUGACGUAUUGGUGGCAAGUGCAAUGAACAACAUCACCAAACUUCAGAAACAGGUGAAACCAGCAAUAAAGAAACCGGCUCCGGGGAAAAAAGGCACAGCAAACUUCACCAUGAGCCUGGCAGGCCGAAGCCAGAGAAACACAGAUAAUACUAUAGAUUCAGGACAAUAUUCAGCCUGCGUCAGUUCCCCCUGCCAGAAUGGAGGAACCUGUAUCAAUGACAGACAGAGUUUUAUCUGUGCUUGUCGCCACCCCUUUGGAGGAGUCAACUGCAGUGUGAAGUUGGUGGAUGACAAUUCUCUGAAUGUAGAUUUUUCGAAAGGAUCAUACAGAUAUGCACCCAUGGUGGCUUUUUUUGCCUCUCAUACCUAUGGGAUGACAACACCGGGACCGAUCAGAUUUAACAAUCUGGAUGUCAACUACGGAGCAUCAUAUGCCCCAGCAACUGGGAAGUUUCAUGUUCCAUAUCUUGGGGUCUAUGUUUUUGAAUAUACCAUUGAAUCAUUUAGUCCACAUGCCUCUGGCUAUCUGGUCAUUGAUGGAAUAGACAAACUCACUUUUCAGGUUGAAAAUAUUAAUAGUGACAAGUAUACUGACAGAAUAAUUGCUGGAAAUGCUUUAUUAGAGUUAAACUAUGGUCAGGAAGUCUGGCUCAGACUGGCAACUGGCUCUAUCCCUGCCAAGUAUCCACCAGUCACUACAUUUAGUGGUUACUUGUUGUAUCGUACCUAAAUCACUCAUAAAUGUAAACAGCUACCAUCUUAUGAAGAAACUGGCACAUGAAUUUGUCUUUACCUUUAAAUACUUUCCGUCUUUCACAACAGUAAGUUUCUGAAAGUAAUCAGGUCAAUGGCAUUUCAGGUUUCUCUUGCGCCGAUUCUCCAAGAAUUCCUUCUGUGUAACCAUGUGCACAUCUACAAAGAGAGUCCACAGGUUAGGGACAGGGGGAAAAUAAGCAUCCUCCUUGGACAAGUGUGAGUGGGAAUCCCUAAUCUAAUUAUGUUCUGCAUUUACAUUGCAUAACAUAUACUUACACAAAGCAGUUGAGAAUCGUUUUUCAAGACAAAUCAAAGCUGCUUUUGAUUAUUCCUUUGCAACUUAAAAUUAUGCCAAAGGUGAUGGCUAGGUCUUGAUGAUUCAGAUGUUGUGUUGCUACUUAUCUCAUUGUAUCAAGUGAAAAUUAUAUAUAUAUAUAUAUAUUCCUUUUGGAAAAAAUACUAUUUUUCUUGUUUUGCCUCACAUUUUUCAACAAAUAUCUUGAUACAUUAACAUUUAAUUGGUUCUCAAUUUUGCAUGUAAACAAUAUUAUAGUGAACUGCUUUUUUAUCUAGCAGAACAAAAAGCAUAAGAGGCAGUAUUUAAAGCUGCAUAUAGAUAAGUUCAAACUAGAAAUAAGGUGUGCAUUUUUUAUAGUGAAAAUAAUUAGUCGUGGGAAAAACAUGACAGUGGAUUUGGUGGAGACUGUUGCUUGAAGCAUUUAAAACAAAGCUGAAUUUUCUUUAGGUGAUAUGCUUUUGAGCAAACAUGGUUAUAUGGGCUUCCUGCACAUUUUAGUAUGUAAAUUUUGGCCUAUAAUGUACACAAGGUUAAAUGAGGUAAUCAUAGUCCUUUCUAACUUUGAAUUCUAUAAAUCUAUCAUCUUAUUUGUUUCUGCAUCAUAUUCAUUAACUGCUAAGGCAAACUGAAAUGAACUCCAGUCUACAUAAGCCAGGACAUGAUUUUCAAGAGUCAGUCCAAUAAAAACAGCAUUUUCAGAUCACGCUAUGAACGCCUGUAUGCCUAAAAUGGUAGCAGCUUAAACAACCUUGUAGAUAAAAAUAAGAUGACUGAAUUUUAUGUUCUUAUACAAGCAAAUGCCAUGACUAAUGUAAAUGAUGAGAGAGUGAUGGCCUGGUCAAAUUUUACAGUCAGUCGGAUCUUAUUCUUUCAUAAGGAACACCAGGCAGUGUGGUUCAUGAUCUCUUAAUUUUUUGCAUUCUGGAUUUAUUAAAUAUUUGCACUGCUGGAUGGUGGGUCAGGCCUUCAGUUAUUCUUAAUCAGCAUGUUCCAGUGAACUGUAGCAACUUAAAGAAGCUGAAAAUGCUUUGAAGCUCUCUGAAUUACAUUGUUUUCCAUUGCCAGGAAUUCCUCUUUAACAUAUAUGUUAAUCUUCAGCUUUGCUCUCAGUAUUACUUUGUUAUUGUACUUUAUCAGAUCUUAAGAAAGAAGAUGAACAUCCAAGAAAUGAUUGAAAGAGAAUUCUUCCAUGCUUUAUAUACUGGGUAAAUAAUCCACAACAACUUUCCUCAGAUGUGUAAAACUAAGUAGACUAGACUUUGUUAUUCAAAAUUAAAAUGCAUGUUCUUCACCACAAAAAUAAUUUGCAUUGGCUUCUGAAGCUUGUCUGUGGGCAUGUGCCAGUGUGCUUCAGCUGCCUGAACUAAGGAAGCACACAAGAUUGACAUUGUUCUCUCUCCCUCAGAGAGUGGCAUCCUACCAUGACCUGUGGUUUAGGACAGCACUUUGAGCUUGAAACGGAGGCUUUUCUCUUACGUAGGCAAGAUUUGAAAGCCUCUUAUGUUUGUGCUGAGCAUGAAUAACCUUUCUGGGCCAAACCAUACCACUUGCUCUGUCAAAGCACAGAGAGAAGUCUAUGGAAUGAGACCUGCAAGCAUGGGUCAUCCUGGAAGUGGACAGUAUUAGGUGUGUCUGUACAGCUGGAUACAGUAUUACGUUAUAUUAAAUCUGCCUCCACAUCAGCAUGUUUCUCUCAAUGAUAAAGGCUUGUUUCAUAGAAAUCGACAUCCCACAUUACACAGUAAGCAUAAAUCAAGUGAGGGGUUGUUCAGCCUGUUGGGAGAUGAAGCGACUCAAAGCAUCCUGUGGCAGCAACCACAGCAACAGGAGAUCCUGCAUAGCCUACCCUCAAAAUUAAGGCUGCUCUUAAACACUGGAAAUCCCAAGGGAAGGAGGACAGCGUUAUCACCAUCUGCUCUAAUCUUGGGUUAAUCCUGCUGCAGAAUAGGAAGCCUGUUUGGACUAGGGAACCUCAUAAAGCCUACUAUAGACUAAUUUGUCCAAUUGCAUUUGUUUUUCCUCUGAAUCCUGUGAUCUGAAAGAAAGCCUCUUAUCGUUUCUUUGCCCACAUCAUCCAGUUGGUUACAUGACCGAGAUUCAUGCUCUGUUCUGAAAGGCUUACUUGGAUUUCAAGGGAGGCAAAAAUUUUGAAUAAAAGCCUAUUUUCUGAAGCCCUAAAUCCACUAAUUAGUUGUUAAUGGGUCUUACAGCACAUAAAUAGUCAUAAGAAUACCAUGUUUCGUUGAGCUGUCUGAAAUAAACAGAGACACCACACUCGGUGUCAACUGCAAA